AUGCCUCGUUAUCGACCAGAAAAAGAUUGCGAUUUUUAUGCAGAACGUUUGGUUGAUUACUUUACAAAUGAAGAAUCUCAUGUUGUAAGAAAAAAUCACCUCGUAAAUCCUGUUCCAUGGUUUCAUGAUCAAGAUAGUGAAGACAACCCUAGCCGAAGCUUCAUUUGUUCAUGGGGAAUUGAAGAUAAUUUUAAGGAAGUAACCGGAUGGGAAUGCAAAAAAUUCAUUAAGUCAAGAUUAAGAGAGAACGCGAGAAUUCCCACUGCUGGUCGUCAAGGACUUUGGAAGAUUACAAAAGCAUGUCCUUGUGGAUUUAACUCGUUGAAAUUCCAUAAAUGGAAGCUUUCUGAUUGGCUUAAAGAAAGCUCGAGUAAAUGUCCAUCCAAAAAAUGA